UCUCUCUUCCUCUCCCUCUCUGCCUGCCUGAGCAAUAGAGCAGAGAAAACAAACCUGUUAAGCUGGCUGCAACCAGGAAACCAAUCAAAGGGUGCACCAAGAAGAAACAAAGAGAGAGAGAGAGAGAGAGAGAGAGAGAGAGCAAAGGUGACAUCAAAACAGAGACACAGAGAGGAGGGAGCCAAUGACAGAGAACAUGUUUCCGCUGUGUUCAGCUCGGCUCCUUUCACCCUGAGAUGUGGAACAGCUGUGCUUCUGAUAUGAAUACUGAUCUGGAAAAGGACUGAGAAGAAGUGAGCAGACAGGAUUGGCAGCUUUGUGUGCAUUUUUUUGUGAUGCUGUACCUGAACAUGCUGUCCGUUGUUGGAUGCUGAUGGAUUGAUAUGGAUCAAGACUGGAUGCUGAGUGAAGAGGCUAAGAUGUGUGCUUUUCAAAUAAAGCUGGGAACUCACAGAAAUCACUUGAAAGACCAUAAAUACCAGUGUAAACACUUAAAAACUUGAGCUUAUCACAAUAGCUCCUCCUGUUUCUGCUCACGCAUACAAAAAUUGAUUUUUCAAUUAUUAUUUAUUGUAACGCCCCCACACAUGCAAAUAGCCUGACAGUUAAGGGUAUAUUUUGAGCCACAUCACUUUCAAACAGUCACCAAGGAAAUGAUGGCGGCUGCAGGUUCAGGAACUUCCAGAAGCCCUAAAUCCAGCUCUCAGCUCCCUACAAGUGGAGACCGACGGCUGGUGGACAAGGCCCUAAAAAGAUUGGAUAAACUCCACGAGCUGUGCACUAACCCUCGGCUCGGUCUGAGGAGCAGUCCACCAUACCUACCUGAUCUGGUUUCAGAAACAUCAAAGCUACUCGUGCAGGUUUGGGAGCCCUGCAGAGGCUCCAAGGCCGCAGGCGGACAGGUGCCCCGAGGAGACGAGGCCAUAUAUUUGAGGGUCCAUGUCAAAAACCUGCUGGAUAAGACGGACAGGGCCGUGCUGCUUUUUAAAGAGGGACGGGAGAAGAUAUUUGAAGAGAUGUCCAGCUACAGGAGGAACUUGACCAAACUGUCUUUGCUGUUCAGUCACAUCCUCUGGGAGCUGAAGGCCAUGUUUCCAGGGGGCGGAUUUCAGGGGGACACUUUCAGGUUGACCAAGACAGAGGCCGAGGAGUUUUGGCGGGAUUCAUUUGGAAACAAGUGUAUCGUGCAGUGGAAUAGUUUCAAAGAGAAGCUGCAGGCUGUGCAUGCAUUUGAAGAGGGUAUGGAGUCCAUGGCUCUGAAGUCAACGAUAGAUCUCACCUGUAACGACCACAUCUCUGUGUUUGAGUUCGACAUCUUCACUAGACUGUUUCAGCCCUGGAGAUCACUUAUCAGGAACUGGAACCAGCUAGCAGUGACCCAUCCAGGCUACAUGGCCUUCCUCACCUAUGACCAGGUUGUAGCUCGUCUGUCACACUACCUGCAUAGACCAGGGAGCUACAUCUUUCGUCUAAGCUGCACUAGAAUGGGCCAGUGGGCUAUCGGCCAUGUGACCAAUGAUGGUAACAUCGUCCAAACCAUCCCCCAGAAUACACCUCUUUACCAGGCACUCAUUCAGGGCUUCAAGGAAGGCUGCUACUUGUACCCAGAUGGCCGUGAUGUGAACCCCGACCUGACGACCUUAAGUGAGCCAGCUCAGAAGGGCAAGGUCAAAGUUACAGAAGAGGAGUACGAGCUCUACUGUGAGAUUGGCAGCACCUUCCAGCUGUGUAAGAUCUGUGCAGAGAGGGAUAAGGACACACGCAUCCAGCCCUGUGGACAUCUCCUGUGCAAACCCUGCCUCAUAGGCUGGCAGCAGAAGUCAGCUGGACACAACUGCCCUUACUGCCGCUGUGACAUCAGAGGAACAGAGUCGGUCCUCAUCGAGCCGUACCUCCCAGGCAGCGGUCAGUGGGAGGAGGAGGGUGAGGAAGAUGCUGAGGAGGAUGACCAUGAGGACAUUGAACUGAUGGUGAAGGAGAUGGCUGCCCUGAGGAAAUUCUCCAGUUUGGAUGACCAGGCUUCCAGCUCCAGUGUUAGAGCUCCACCCCUGCCCCCUAAGCACAGCACUACCCCACGCUGUCCAUCUACUUCCAGUCAAACGCAGACAUCAGAAACCAAGACGCUGGGCAAACACUCCCACUCUCAUUCACAGGCUCACAGUGGAAAUGAAGCACAUAGAAGAUACAAAAAACACACAAAUGCUAACAGGCUUCAGGGGGAGGGGUCACACAGCAGCGAGGAGGAGAACUCUGUGGGUUUGAAGCUUCCUCCGGCCUCAUCUUUAUCCCACAGUGUUGAAGUCCUGACAGAAGAAAAACUCUCCUCCUCCUCUGCAAAGGGUGUCAACAGUGGAGCAGCAUGGCUCGGACCCACCAGCCCAGUCAAACAGAGACAAAGACGAAAAGAGAGGGAGGAACGGAGAGCAGGGCUCAGAAAAGACACGUGUGGUUUGGGAGACGUCACUAGGUCAAUGUCCUCCUGACAGAAAAACAACCAUGGACUCGUCAAACGAAGUGACAAUUAUCUGCCGACAAAGAUAUCCUGAAUCUACAAAUCGGUCCUUAGAGAGUGUAAAUGUAGUUUUUUGGUGUCAUGUGAGAAUACCCAUGUGUCUGCUGCACUGAUGAGAUCGAGAUGAGUGUGUGGUACUCUCAGUAACUAUUCUUAGUGAGGCCUCCUGCUGUCCAAUAAUCACACUGCCAUUAUCACCAUAGUAGGUUCAGUACUGAUUUCUGAACCUUGUGUCACUGAAAGACUUCUCUAUCAUUGAAUGAUUUACUGAAUAAGAGGGUUUAUAUUUGUAAAUGUCACAAAACAGACAAAGGAACGGAGCUAUUGAAUGAAUUCUACAUUGUCAAUUGAAACCAUGCCAUACGUUUGUUCAUGAAAUAAGUUGUAAGAGUACACAAAGGCCUCUGUUUAACUCCAACAAACAGUUUCAUAUGGUUCUAACAUCAAACUAAUAAAGCUGAAAGCUACACAAGCUCAAA